CUGCACAUCCUGAUCCUGCCGCCUUUGGCCACUGGGGGCUUAAUACCAAAAGGCACAUUCCCGCUCCGUCCACCGUCUCGGGUGGGUUAGGAUCGGCUCCUAGCAGCGCUCAAGUUCACCCUUAUCGAUACCGUCACAUCCAUACAUACCACAACGCGGCUCCAAUAGCGUUACCUCGACACCACCCAGACACUACCCGUCUGUGUCCUUCUACAUGAGCAGCGAGCUGAAAGAACGCCUGGCGCGAUUGGGUCUUGCCCAGUACUCUGAGGUGUUCGUUACCGAGGGCUUCGACACUUGGGAAACCGUUCUCGACAUCACAGAGUCCGAUCUGAGCCACCUUAGCGUCAAACUUGGGCAUCGAAGGAAACUCCAACGGGCCAUCGCCGAGUCAAGAGGGCAGUCGUCGUUUCGUCCGUUGACCAUCGCCACUACAAGAGGAGCAAGCGCCGAGGGCUCCUAUCGCAGUGACGAUUCAGCAACUGAGAGCAAGAGCAAGCAAAUCUCAACCGGAGGUGACGGAAAUACCGCCACAAGUACGAAGCGGAAAUAUCGGCGGCAUCCGAAGCCAGACGAGAAUGCUCCAGAGCGCCCCCCUUCGGCUUAUGUGAUCUUCUCCAACCAAGUUAGAGAACUCUUAAAGGGGCAAGACCUGUCCUUUACCGAAAUCGCGAAGGUCGUCGGUGAACGAUGGCAGAUUCUACCUGCAGACGAACGCGAGGCCUGCGAGCGUCAAGCCAAUAGUGCCAAAGAGAAGUAUUACGCAGGACUCGCGGAAUACAAGAAGACUAUACAAUAUGAAGCGUAUCAAAAGUACUUGGAGGAAUUCAGAGCCAAGCACAAUGCACCCACCAAAGAAGGCAAAAGAUCGAAGUUGGAGACGGAGACGAGCACGUCGACCCGAGCCAGUAGUCACGAUCAAACCGAACGAGCAGUAAACAGGCGGCUCAGCGCGGCGGUAACCGAUCUUCUUCCUGGACAGCACGUACGAGGAUCCACUCCUCCCGCUGGACCUGCACGUUAUCCAAUGGGACCAUUGUAUCCAGCGAAGCCAACAUCACCAGCUUCACAUCCUUUGUCUGGGUUCAAUUCGCCUCGCAGUACAGAGCUUUACUCACCGGUGGCUGCAUCUCCACAUUCCAAUGCUGUACCCAGAGACGCACCGUUCGAGCCUUCAUCCAAUUUUCUGUCAAGAGACAUAAGAGGAAACCUGGAAAAUCCAACAGCUCCGUAUCAUUCAUCUGCAUACAUGCAGUUGCAGCAGACGCCUACGACCAUGUCAACGCCGGUCAACCGUUACGUUUCGCACUAUCACAACCCAUUAGAAUUGCCAUCACGACGAUCCAACCGAGAGCCUUUAUCGCAUCUUCCAAGCCUUUCACACGAGGAUACGACGUUAUCUUCUGAGAGCGGACACAGCAACUAUAGCCUUCCACAGGCCACGCAACCAGCAAUGAUGGAUCCCGUUAAAUCAAUGAGAAUGCUUCCGCAGCCCGUGCCCAAUAUCGGACUGUCACAAUCACCAUUGGAUCGAUCGUUGGCCCACCCGCCCGCUGGACCUCCUGCGCAUAUUCAGUUACCACCGCCAGAUUAUCGCACCCAGGGAUCUUUGGCUGCUCUUGUAAGAGCAGGGGAAAUUGCAGCACGGGUAGCAGAUGACGAGUCUUUAGAUCGGGAUGAGUCCCCUUGACAUCACGUUAAGCUCAAGACAAAUCAUGACUCUUGACGAGCACGACUAUGCGCAGGCAGUACCGUUCGGCUUGGACGAAAUUGCAACGCUCGCCACAACACUAAACUCUCUACAUCUGAGUCAGACCCAAGAGUUUAUAGGCCACACACGGGUUUUAAGGACCCAUUUCAAUGAUACCCCGCAACAUGUGGCCAAUAUAAAGAUGACUGCGCGAUAUAAGCGC